GGAGAGAUUAAACUAUUUUCUUGGAAUAAUAAGGUUCAUAUUUUGUACUGCACUGUCACGCCAGCUAGAUGACUAUACCAGGAAUCUUUCGAUCCUUCUUAAAAAAAAUAUAGUAUUUGUGCUCCCUACCUUAAUGUUAACCCAUAAUUAGCUAUAUACCCUAAUUCCCCUAUUUUUUCUCCCCCCCAUCAUCACCUUCUUCCUCCCUUUCUAUGGCUAUUCAUUUUCCGACCUAAAUAAAAGAGAUACUGAUCCUUGUGUUUUUUGACUAAAGAUACUGAUCCUUGUUGGAUUAUAAUAUUACAUGAACCAUGAAAUACGUGACUUCUUUGCUAGAUUGUAUGUGCAAGUUUUUUUAAUAAAGGUUAGCCGAUUCUUAUGAUACCAUAUGUUAUGAUGUCUCCACUGGUUGCGAUGUCUCCACUGGUUGAAAUUCCCACGGAAAGAAGUUCCACAAGAUUUCAACCCUCUUAAUUUGGUUGACCUUAAGCUUCCUCACAGCAACAUUGAACGAGUUUGGGAGAAUAAUAAGGCUGCCCCAAAACUAAAAUGGGUCGACUUGAGUCACUCAAGGAAGUUGAUCACUUUGUCAGGGUUAGGAAAGGCUCCAAAUAUUCACGAACUAAAUCUUGAAGGCUGCACGGCAUUGAAAAUGUUGCAUGUGGUGGACAUGGAAAACAUGAAGUGUCUUGUUUUCUUGAACCGGAGGGGAUGCACAAGUCUUGAGUCUCUUCCACGGAUUAAUUUGAUCGCUUUGAAGAUUCUCAUAUUAAGCGACUGCUCAAACUUUAAAACCUUUCAAGUUAUUUCAUAUUAAGCGACUGCUCAAGCUUUAUACAUGGAUGGCACUGCAAUAAAAGAACUUCCUUGCGACAUACGGAACCUCCAGAGACUUGUCCUCUUGAACAUGAAACGUUGCAAGAAGUUAAAAAGGCUCCCUGACAGUCUUGUUGAGCUGAAAACCCUUGAAGAGCUCCUACUUUCUGGUUGUUCAAAGCUCAAAGAAUUCCCACAAAAUGGGAAAAACUUGAGCCGUUUAGAGAUUUUGCUUUUGGAUGAGACUGCCAUUGAAAAGAUUCCAACGAUAUUCUCAGUGCGGCGUUUAUGCUUAAGCAAGAAUAAUAAACUCACCGUACUUCCGGAUCUAAUCAAUUAUUGUCCUAAACUGCAAUGGCUUGAUCUGAAGCACUGUGAGAAUCUUACACAUGUUCCUCAGCUUCCACCAACUCUUCAGUGUUUAGAUGUACGUGGCUGCAGCUCACUGAAAACAAUUGCUAAACCACUGGUGUGUUCUAUGCCGACGGAGCAGAUCCAUUCUAAGUUCAUUUUCACUCACUGCAAGAAACUGGAACAAGCUGCAAAGGAGGAAAUUGCAGUCUAUGCUAAACAGAAGUGUCAGUUGCUAUCAAGUGCACUCAAACGAUGCAACGGGGGUUUUGCUCCUGAGAUUUUGUUUGACACUAGCUUUCCAGGAUGUGAAAUACCUUCAUGGGUUUGUCACGACGCAAUUGGAUCUCUGGUGGAGUUUGAAUUACCUCCUCACUGGAACCACAACAGGCUUUCAGGGAUAGUCCUAUGUGUUGUUGUCUCACUCAAGAACUCUCAAAAUCAUGCCAACUUGAUGGUCAAAUUCUCUUGUGAGCAAAAAUCCGGAGAGUGCAUUACUUGGAAGGUUGGUAAUUUGAUCGAACAAGACAAAGAGGUAGACAGAGUUGGGUUAGAUCAUGUCUUUAUUGGCUACACCAACUGUCUAGACUUCAUAAAACUUCUUGAAGACCAGGUUCCGCGUAAAUGUGCUACGACAAAGGCAUCCCUUGAGUUUAGCGUGACAACUGGUAUUGGUGAGGAAGCUAGGUUUGAAGUUUUGAGAUCCGGUUUCAGUUUUGUGUUUGAACCUGAAGAGAUCAAAGUUCCAGUCCCAAGAAAUGAAGAUGUCAAAGGUAAGUGUAAAACUAACGGAACUUCAAGUGCUAAUGGUUGUUUGAAGGAUCAACCAAAUGGAGAUGAAUCUCCAAAGGGCCACUUUGAGACUUGCAUUGAAAGUUACAUCACAUAUGAAGCACAUUCUUCCUAAACAACUGGUUUUGAUUUCAUUCUUUUGUAUUAGAGGCAUCUGCUUUCUAUCCAAAAUGAUCUUUCAGAUUAUCUCUGCUUUCAAACCAUUUACUCAUUGAACUCUCUGUAUUGGUAUAUUCACCUUUAACUUCUUUUUUUGUACAAUAUUCAUUUUCAACUUGUA